UUGCAUACCGACGCGGCCCGUGAGCACGGCUGAUUUUUCUCCCCUAUACAGCGCACUGCUCGGUCUCCUAAGUCUUCGCUGUAAUGGAUUGGGUGCAAGGAGGCGAGUCAAUGGCGCCGGCGCUCGCCGCACCGGGAAUCUCCCCGGCGGCCGACUGCAGAUCCAACCAAGCCGCCGGCGACCCGUCCUCCGCAGUCAGGCCGAUCGAUGGAGGGUUGUCGGGGUCGGAUCUAUCGUGGCGUCCAGCCAUCCAGGAUAUCGCGCGAGUCCCAGACGAAACGUCAUUCUCCAAUGCGCACAUAGGGCUAGUAACGCCUCCGGCCACACUGAAGGGCGCGAAUGCAUGCACCUACAGCUCAUAUUUUAAUCCAGAUGUACGUGAUGAUGAUUCUGGAAACGUUAUAGUUGUGCCUGGAUGGAAGAAACGGAAUGUUGGGGCUAAUGGCCCUGACACGAGGACACCUCCGUCCACAAAGACGGCCAUCGAGCGACGUCUGCUCGAAAUGAAUGAUCGUAGAGGCAGUGAAAUCUUCGAACCAGUGGUCGGAACCGACUUCGACUCAUGUCAAGAAGCAUAUGAUUUCUACAAUUUGUAUUCGUGGGAGCACGGAUUCGGCAUUCGGUGUGGCAGAAGCAGAGUUAACACAAACAAAUACAAGUUGAUGCACGAACUUGUUUGUCAAUGCGCGGGCAAGAAUGACAAAGAAAACCCGUCAUCAUGCAAGAUCGAUUGCAAGGCCAUGGUGAGAUUGCUGCGUACCAAGGAUCAUGGAUGGUACGUCAGUAUGUUUGUCAAGGAGCACAACCAUCGUUUGUCGGUUGGAUACGAUGCAAAACUCUAGUGGAAUUCACACGAUUUCAUAGACCCCGUUUCAUUUGACUUCAUCAAGAAUCUUCGAAGCAAUAAUGUCAGUGUUGGCAAGGUUUAUAACAUUUUGUGUGGAGCA